CAAGGCGAGAGGGAUUCGGAUUCAGUGAACACAGACUUCCGGAAGGGAAACAAUUUGAAUUUAAACACUGAGAGGUUUUACUGAGAGAAUGUCCACACUCUUCCCCUCCCUGUUCCCGCGGAUGACCGAGUCCCUCUGGUUUAACCUGGACCGGCCCUGUGUCGAUGAGAACGAGCUUCAACAGCAGGAGCAACAGCACCAGGCGUGGCUCCAGAGCAUAGCUGAGAAAGACAAUACCCUGGUGCCUAUUGGGAAGCCCGCCUCGGAGGUACCAAAUCACUUUGAUGAUGAGGAGGAAGAGGAUGAUGAGGAUGACGAAGACAGCGAGGAGGACUCUGAAGAUGACGAGGACAUGCAGGACAUGGACGAGAUGAAUGAUUAUACAGAGUCUCCUGAUGACGGGGAGAUCAAUGAGGUGGAUAUGGAAGGAGCAGAUCAGGACCAGGACCAGUGGAUGAUCUAGACCAGGGGUCUCCAGCCCUGGUCCUGGAGAGCUACUGUGGCUGCUGGUUUUCAUUUCAACCAAUAUCUGU